AUGUCCCCUCAGCCCCUGUCACCCCCUCAAUCAGCGGCCGUCUCUGACAUAGACGAGGCCGCAGACGAUGUCGGAGAGGUUCCUGAAUUCGACGUCGUCACUACGGAAAGAUACGCGAGCAUUUCCAUAACAUCGAUUGUGUUAAACCUGAAAAUCGCUGAGAGACGAGCUCCGAAGAAGGCGAUUCCGCCGAAACGUCACCCUAAUAAAUUAUUUAACCCAUUGACGACCAUGCAGUCCACAUGUGGAUUGCAGUUGUAUAUUUUAUUUAUCGCCACUUAUUAA